AUGAAAAAUACAAUAGUAGAGUGUCUUGUAGAAAUUAGCUAGCAAAUAUCUGUAUUUAUUAUUAUUAUUCUAGAAUGUUCAUUAAUCUGAAUAGAGACUGUCUUUUAAAGUAAUUAUAUCUAUUUAAAUUUCCAAUAGCGAUAAUUACAUAAAUUUUUGGAAAAGCUUAAAUCAGGUGAUUCAUUAAAACAAUAUUAAAGUAUUCUAAUUCGCUAUUUACAUAAUGGUAAUUAUAUAUUAUUAUUAUUAGCAAUAUCAAAUCCUCUAAAUCACAAAUUGACUGUUUAAUAGCAAAUUAUUACUAUUUUAAUAUAGUUUUUUGAAAUGGACCAACCUUAAGGUAUUAAAUAUAUAUAUUUUAGUUUGUGAUUCAUAAACUUUAUGUGAGAUAAUUGUUGACUUUGUUAAAUUUAUCAUAAAAUCAGAAUUUUAAGAUGAAUAUUUAAAAAAAUAAUUUGCGAAUUUUAUCAAAAUUACAUUUUGGAAAAAAAAAAUAUUUAAUAUUCCUAAUAUAGAAAUAAAGGAUAUAGAAAUUGUGGAUUAGCAUUUCAAUCUUAAUUUAAAAACUUCAAUUUUGUAAAUAUUUAUACACUUAAUUUAGUUCAAAUAAAAGUUUAUAAUAAUUAUUAAAAAACUAUCUAUUAUCUAUAGAGGAGCUAUCAGAAUAUCUUUUAACUUUUUAAUAUCCAGAAGUUGUUUUAAUGGUCUUAGAUCUUAGUGCAUUAAAAUUUGAUAUACCUAAAUUUAUAAAAAAUGGAACUCUAGAUUUUGAUUGCAAAAGCAAAUUAUAAAUAUUACCUCAAGAACAAUAAAUUUAAUUAUUCUUAAAUCUCAAAGAAUUAGAUAAUGAAAAGUUAGACAUUGUUACUUAAUUAAUAUUUUAAAAUCAUUCUUUAGAUAUUGCCUCAUAAAUACCUAAAUUAAUAACAGUGAUAGUAAAUUCAUAAUAAAUUGAUUAUGAUAGAGCAUUAAUUAUUUUAAAAAGGAUAUCUAAUAAUUAGAAAUUUAAUUUGAAUUAUGAAUAUUUGAGAGCAGUGUUAUUAUAAAGUAAAGAUAAAUAAUUAAAUAAUUUUAUUAUUGAUGCAAUAGUAAUAUUUGAAUAAAAUCCAGAAAAUAUAGUAAAAUAAGAAAUUUAAAAACACUCAAAUCCUUUAUCCAUUAUAUAUUUAUUAAUUUAAUUGAUUAAAUAAGAAUAAUUUGAAUAAUUAUUUGAGAAAUUAUUGAAUAAAUCUAUAUCACCAUAUUAAUAUGUGAUUUUACAUGUUAUAUUAAUUAUUUAGGAGAAAUCUAUUAUUUUAGAUCCUUUAUAAGAAUAAUGUUUAAGAUUUUAACUUAAUGAAAUCUGUUUAGUUUAAAUGUUUAGUUUAUAUUCAUUCUAAAAUUUGAACAUAAAAAGAAAAAUGAAAUUGUUAUCAUAAUUUCAAUAAUUGAUUGAAACUGAAUAGAAUAUAUCAUUUUAUGAUAUUUUAGUAAUAAUAGGAUAGGAAACAACAUAAUCUCCUUAAAUUAAUUAAAGAAUAGGAUAAAUUCUAAAUAGAGAAUGGAAUAAUAUAAGUAAUUUCUUGAAAUAAAUUGCUUAUAAUAAAUAAUCUUAAAUAAUUUAAGGAUUCUAUUAUGUUGUAAUGUAUUUUACAGAUUAAAAUGAAUCAGAAUUUUUAAGACUUUUUGAUAUCAUACACAAAUCUAUGUGUACUAGAAAUAAAGCUGUAAAUUAUAAUAUGUUACUAAAUUCAAUUCAAUAAUAUGAAUAAGGUAAACCUGAGACUGAAAUACAACUUUAUGUUAUGUUAUUAAAAAUAAAUUAUUUAUUAUAGGAUAAUUUCAUUAAUAGAAAAAAAAAUGGAGAAGAAAUUUCAGAGAGAUCAAGUGAAAUGGGAGAUUUAAAUGAGGGAUAAGAAUAAGAAUAUUAUAAAUAGAUAUAAGAACAUGGAAAAAAUUUAAUUGAAUAAUUAGAUAAAUAAAUAAAACGUUAUGAAACAAUAUAUUUAGGAAUGCAAAAAAACUUAUAUUUAGCAGUUUAAAUAAGUAGAUUAUUAUAAUUAAGUGAUAUAAAGAUUAAUAUUUAACAUUCUCUAUUAGUUAAUGAAAGAGUAUAAAAUAUGCUUUUUGAAUAAAAUCUAAUAGAGAGUGAUAUAAUUUGGGAUUCUUUAAAGAAAUUACAGAAAGUUUAAUUAGCAACAGCUAUAAUACAAAUAUUUAAAAAUGAAAAAAAUAAUGUAAAAUUAAUAAAAAUGGUUGUUGUUGAAUUAAGUAAGUUAUGUAAAUAUAAAUAUUAUGCAUUGUUAUGGAAAUAAUAUGAUAUUUUGAGUAUCUAAUAAAAUGUUUAAUAAUAAAUUAGUAAUAUAACUAAAUUAUAAAUGGCAGUUCAUAAAUUUUAAUUAAUAUUACAAAUAUAAGAUAAUUAUGAAUUCUUAAAAUUAGGAUAUUAAUAAGUUCAAAAAAGUUAAUUUGAAUUAUUAGCUUUAUUGAUAGCAAUUAGUUUACAUUGUGGAAUUAGUAAUAAUUUUAUAGAUGGAAUGGGUGAAUAAAAUGAAAUGUGUAUAAAUAAAUUGAUAGUAGAAUUUAGUUGUGCUGGAUUAUUAUAAUUAGUAUUAACAUUAGUGAAACCUAUAAAAUAAUAGAAGAAGAAAAAGUAAUCAAUGGAAAUAGAAAAGAAAUUAGAAGAUUGUUUAAAUAAUUAAUUAUAAGAUGCAAUUAAUUUAGUAUUGAUAGGAAUUUAAAAAAAUUUAAAUAAAAAUUAGGAUUUAAAAUAGGAAUUCAUUAAUUUAGCUACUAAUGUAUAUUAAUUUGGUUAAUCUGCAGAAUAUAGUUUAAUAUUUGAUUUAUUUGAUAAGAUUCCAUAUCAAUUAAUAAUAAAUUGUUUAAAAUCAAUUUAAAAUUAGGAUAAAUUUUUUGAUUAAAAAUUACAACAUAUAUUAGUACUUAUUAGUAAAUUUGAUAAAAUAUAACUAACAAAUGAAUUUUUUGAAUUAUCUUAUGAUAUUAUAAUCAAUAGUCAAUAAAUAACUUAAACUAUGAUAGAAUAUUGUCUCUAAUUAAUAAGUAUAAUAAAAAUGAAUGAGAAUGGAUAAUUAUAAAUUUAGACAAAUAUUGAUGUUUAAUAAUUAAAAGAAGUAUUAAUACCUGAGAAUUUUGUUCCUACUGGUUGUACUAUAUAAAAUACUUAAUAAUAAAUUUACACUUGUAUUUAAUGUUCUAAUAAUAAUAAAAAGAAUAUAUAAUGUUGUGCUAGUUGUGCUUUUAGUUGUCAUUAAAAUCAUUAAAUUCAAUAUGAAAAUAUGAUUGAAUCUAUGUGUGAAUGUAAUUAAACUAAAAAAUGCAAUUAAUAAAGAUAAAAAUAAUAGAUAUAACCUUAAUUAAAUAGAAGACCUUUGUUUCCACAUUCAACAACAACUACAUCUGGAGUUUUGGUAGAAUAUUUAAGAAGAGAAAGAGAGAUUAGAGAAUAUAGAGAAUUUAAAGAUUUAGAAAUGCAUCCUCAUAUAAGAGAAUAUGCAGGUAGAAUAAAAGAUAACUUUUAAGAUUUUGAUUCAGAAGUAGAAUUAGAAGAUUCUUUAUCUAGUUCAUAAAUGUAAUAUCAUGAAGAAUCAAAUAAUGAUGUUGUUGAAAAAUAUGAAUCAAGUAGUAAUUCAAUAAUUGAAAUUGAACCAAAUUAAUUUGAACCUAAAGAAAUAAAAAAUUAAAUGAGACCAUAAUAAGAUUCAAAGUUUUUUUCAAAACUUAAAAUUAAUUUUGAACUUUUAUUUGAUAAAUUGAUUUAAAUGUGCAAUUUUACAAUUCAAAAUUAUAAGAGUUUAGAAUCUAAUUAAUAAACUGAUGUUGAAGAAUAAGAAUAUGAAUUAUAAUCUAAAAUUCUUCAUAAUAUUUAAAAAAUAACAACCUUAGUUUCAUCUAAUAAUAUAAUAUAACAUAAAACAGAAAAUAUUGAUGUUUUGAAUGAAUUAAGAACUUAAUAAGAAUAAAUAUAAUCAAAAUUAUAAAUUUAUUAUGUAGCCUUUUAAAUAAGAAAAGUAAUAGAUGAAGGAGAUAAUUUUAUAGCUGUUGUAGGUCAUAGUGAAAUGAAGAUUUUCAAUAAAGUCAAAUAUUUUUCACUUUUAGAAAAAAGAACAAGUGGAUUAUAAUUACCAUAUACUAAAAUAAGUUGUAGACCACCUGUCUCAACUAUUUUAUUUAAUCCAUAUAAUUAAAAAUAAAUUCUAGUAUCUGCAUUAUUAGAAAUCCAUCUAAUUGAACUUAAAUAAGAUGGAACUGUACAAAAUGAUAAAACUGUAAUUGCUCGUUUUUCACAUCCUAUAAGCAAAACUUUAUGGAUUAAUUAAAAUUCAUUUGGUUGGUUAGCAUAUAAUUCUAUAUAUACAUUUAAUAUAAAUUCUUAGAAUUAAUAAUGUUAUAAUUUAAAUAUAGAAGAAAAGAAAAUCAAAGAUUUUUGUGUAAUAAAUGGAACAAUCUUAUGUGUUGAUUUAUAAGGAGAUAUUUAUCAAUAGAAAUUAGUUGAAGGACAACCUAAGAUUGCAAUAUCUGAGAAAGUUAAUUUAGAUGAUUAACUCAAAGGGAAAAGCAGAGAUAAAACACCUUAUUGUUUAUCUAAGAUUAACAAUACUUCAAUUUUGCUUAUUUCAUAUAAAAAUGGGGCAUCAUUUCUUUGUAAUUAUUAAGAUAAAACAUUUAUUAAUAUUGUAAGAUUAGAUGAAUUAUUAAUAUCUUAAUAAUUGGAUGGAUUAUUAGCAUCUCCAUAAUUUAUUAGUUAAAAUAAAAACCAUUUAAAAUUUGCAGUCUUAGCAUAAAAAUAAAAUUAAACUAAUUAAUAAGUUAAUUUUCAUAGUGGUAGAUUACUUAUUAUUGAAAUUAAUAAUAAAGGCAAUGUUUAUGUUUAAUAAAUCUUUGAUAAUUUUGUUGAAGGAUAUUGUCUUCUAAAGGAUCCUGAAUAUAAUUUUUAUGCAUUAGCUGUAGCUGAUAAUAAAUAAUUAAUUUCCGCUUGUUUAAAUCUUAAAGAUAAUGCCACAUAACUUUGUGUAGAUAGAAAAAAUGAAAAUUAAGAUUAAUUGAUUAAUUAAUUAAAAGAGAGAUUUGAAUUAAAUUUAUUAAAACAAUCAUCUCAUUUAUUUAGUCCUUUAUAAAAUUUUUGUUUAGCUCCUAGUGUAUUAGCAACUCCUUAAUAAUUAUAAAUUGGACCUACUAGUAUAACUGUUACUUAAGGAUAUGCUAUUACUGGAAUCAUUUUUAAUAAACCUAAUGUUGAACAAAUAGAAAUAUUUAAAUAUCGAACCAUUUAAAAAAGAAAUAACUUUAUUAUAAUACCCUUAAAUUACAUAGAAUAAAUUUAUACUUUAUUGACUCAUACAAUUACAUUUACUUAAAAUAAUUAUAGUAAUUUAUAAGUUUAUAUAUAAAAAAUGACAUUAUCAUAAGCUAUGAUGACAAAAUUAAUGUCUAUUUUAAAUCAAGAUAAUAAUCAAAUGAAAUCUUAUAUAUUUUAAGAUAUUAAGUAACGUAAUUAAAAAUUCAAAUCAAUGUUAUCAGAAUAAUAAAUUAAUUUAGUAAAUAGUUUAGAUUGUUUAGGAAUUACUUUAUAAGCUUAUUAAAAUCCAUCAAUUAAAUUUACAAUUAUACCAUAAUUAAUAACAAUUAUUUAAUAAAAUCAACCUAUUAUUACAGAUUCAGCAAAAAAAUUAUUAAAAACUUUAUUAAAAAAUCAUAAAGCAAUAUUAGGUAGUGAAUAUGAUUAUAGAUCUAUUAAGGAUAAAAUAUUUAUUGAAAAAAUUAAAAGUAAAACAGCAACAUAAAUAGUUUAAAAAUUAUAAAAAAUUUAAAGUACUAGACUACCUUAAUUAUUUUAUAUAUUCAAUUAAGUACCAACUGUUAUUUUUGAUAUUUUAAGUGAAACUAUAAAUUAUAAAUAAUAUUCUCAAUUACUAUUGAGAUAUCUUUAAUUUUUAUAGAAUUGUUAAAAAGAUAUUAAUGAAACACUUUCAUAAAUUGAAGAUAUUAAGUAAUUAUGGAAAUUGUCAAAUUAGAAUAUGUUUAAUAGAAUCUUUAUUGAUGAAUUAAUCAUUUUUCAAAAAAAUAAGAAGAGUGAAACAUUUGAAUAUGCAUGGGAUGUAUUUAUCAAAGACAAUAAUUAAUUAUCAGAAAAAAUUGAAACAGAAUCUAUGGAUGAAAAGAAUAAAUUAGAACCAUUUUAUGAUUUUGAUGAAAUCCCAAUAGAAUAUGGAGAUGAUUAUGAUCCAUAUGAAGCUAUUUUAUUACGUUAAGAAUUACAAAAAUAACAACCUAUAAUCACUUAACCUAAAAAAUGUAGAUAAAUAGCAUUCCCAACUCCAAAACCAACUUAAUAUCUCUAAGUAGAAUAGUAUGAUUUAAUAAAAUCCUAUUCUUCAUGGCUUCAAAAAGGGAUUAAAGUUUAGAAUGAAUUAUAUUAAAAAGGUAAAAGAGAAUUUUAAUAUUUACUUUAAUUAUCUAAAUAAUUUUACAAUUUAGCAAAAUCAACUAAAAAUAUCAAUGUAGUAGUUGAUUAUUUAUAAAUGAUUGACUUCAAGGGUAAAGGUAUUUCAAGUAUAUUACUAUUAACUUACAUUAAUGGUAAAAAUGUUAAUGAUGAAUUAUGGACUGUAUUUAAUUAGAAUUAACUCUUUUUAGAUUUAUAAGUAAGACUUAUUGUAAUAAAUUAGGUUAUUUAUGAUGUAUUAAGUAAUAUUGAUAUAAGUGAUUAACAAUAAGGUCGUUUAAAAUAAAAGAAUUUGCCACUUGAUAAAUUGAGGGAUAUAAUGAAAAGUGAGAUUGAAUCAUAAAUUUAAUUAUUAAUAGGAUUAAUGGAAAAGAAGAAUUAAUUAUUGUACCUUUAAAUUAUUAAAUAUUUGUUAAAUGCGACAAAAAUUAAUGUAAAUCUAUUUUACAACUAUAUAUUAGGUUCAAAUGGCAGAGAAAUUACAAACAAAUUAAUGGACUGAAUUGAUAUGCUAUUUGAAAAUAAAUUAAGCUUCUAAAUAGAUUGCUUCAACAUAUUUAAAAUAAUUGUUAUAAUAAAUAAUAGCAAAAUAAGAUUAUUAUUAUAUUAAGGAUAUAAAUUUAUAUAGAACAUAAUUAAGAGAAUUAAAUAAAAAUUAGUCACUAUAUAUUAAUAAAUAAUCAACUUAUUAAGCAUUAAAACGAAUUUUGAAAACUAGCAAGAAGAGACCAUAAUUUUGGAAGGAAUUUUGUGAUGAAAAUGUUUUAAAAAUAAUAAAAUCAUUAAUAAAAACAUAUCCAAAAGAGACUUUGGAAGUAAUUGAAAUUAUUAUUUGA